AUGAAAAGAUUACCAAAACUGCCUUUUGACAUAUGCCGUUGUCGAAACAAUUACCGACAUUCUACUCGUAAUGCACUUUACAGCUCCUGCAAUGAACCCUCAGUAUUCCCAGAAAAUGACAGUGUUUCGAUGGCUAACUUCACAACUCGAAGGAAACUUAAAACUGAUCAGACUUUAAAUUUUCAAAUUCCUCUAGAUUCGACUUCUAAGAUCGAAUACAAUCCGACGCAGAGGCGCGAUCAGAAGAUCGCUAUUUCGAACUCUGAAGCUCACACCAGACAUCUGAACACUAACAGAUCAGUGCUAAAGCUUGGUGCCUGCGUUCAGCUCGGUGUUCCUUUCAGAAAUUAUUCCUCCGGAAGUAAUCCGUGUGUGAACCGCGAAUCCAAGACCCCAUCAGGCGGUGGUUCUCCGCCAUCUUCUGGUCCACCCAAGUCGAGUUCUGGAGGAGGAGGGGGAGGAGGAAGCCCUCCCAAGUCUGGCACUGCAGGCGGCCAUGGGAAAAUUAUAGCGGUGAUCGGCGCCGUGGUAGACGUUCAAUUCGACAAGCAUCUGCCGCCAAUAUUGAACGCUCUCGAAGUACCGGGAAGAAGUAAGUUACAGAUGAUUUUUGGAUUCUUCGUGCUUAUUAGUUACUAGCUCUCCGCCAGCGGCUUCGCUCGCGUGGUCCCUAGAGAAAUGUUUAUUUAGAUAUCGAUUCAUAUCAUGACAUGGAUUUAAUUACAAUGACUAAUUUAAUAGUAAACAAUCUUUACUAUAGUAAAGUUUUAAUACCCUAUACAAACUUACACUACAAUUUUCUUCCCUUUAUUUACUGUUUUUCCGGAUAAAAUAUAGCCUUUAUUCACCGCAUAUGUUGUAUCUUCCCGUAGGUAAAAAAAAUUAUAAAAUCAGUCCAAUAGUUUCGGAGGGAAUUCGUUGCAUAUAUUCGUUAAAAACAUACAUCUCUUUCCUCUUUAUAUAAUUAGUAUAAAUAAUUUAUCUGCAGAUACUAACAACUAUACUGGACCUAUUCAUUAAAAUAAGUUAAAAGAGACAAGCGGUAGCGGUUUAUAUUUACAGUGA